GGUCCAUGCAGCUGCACAACACAAAUCACUAACGUUCACGAUCUCGACGCGAGCGGUUGUACGUAGCGGAUAAGCGACCAUACGGUGUAUAAGUAGCAGUUAAAAAAAAAAUAAAAAUAACAAAAAAUACAACAAAGUGUGCAUGAAGAAUAGUGAGCAAAUCAAAUAUUUGCACUUUGCAAUUCGAUUAUUUGCAGUAAGAUAUCACGUUACGUGUGAGCAGCUAAGCGUAUAAGAACAGUUACAAAUAUACAUACAUAUUGUUACAACUAUAUGUACAUAUAAGAACACAUGUGUUUGUAAGAUAUCAAGAAUUUUCAGUAAAAAGAAAAGUGCGACAGUGCUCUUCUUCUUCUUCGCCUAUACCGACAGUGCUACUUAAGAGUGUAGAAAAAAAUAAAUACAACAAUAAGCAAGUCGCAUUAAAAGUGAGUGAAAAAGUGUAACAGUAAAAAAGCAAAAAUAACACAAAAAUCUCGAGAUCAGCGAAAAACCCGUUAAGCCACACGCAUUUCAUCUAGCAAACGAAAGUGUCUCGUAAAGUAAGCAAAAUACAGCGAAAAGGCAGUGCAAUACAUACCGACACAGCAAUAAUAAAGCGACUAAACGGUAAAUAAUAAUGUCACCAUUUACAAGCGAUUUGAACGGCAGCAGCAACAACAUGAACAUGAUGAGCUAUGCGGACAGCAUGCCACUGAUGGCACGCGGCAAUGCCAGCGACAAUGCCAACCGCAACAAUAGCAACAUGAACAACAACAACAAUAGCAACAACAACGAAAGCGACAACAGCAGCGGAUGUGACAAUAUGUCGUUGCUGAGUCGCUGCCGUCGCAACAUCAGCAUGGGCGCUAGCAAUUUGAUGAGCUACCAGAAUAUGCUCGUUAUGCUAACGGUAUUGGUGUGCGGCCUUGCCACUGUUAACGGGCUCAAGUGCCACAUGUGCGGCCAGUAUAACGAGGGCGUCGGCUCGAUUACGCCCUGUCUCAACUAUUCGGAUCAAUAUGCACAUCUCUACUUGAAGGAAUGUUCGAAGAAAAGCGAGAAAUACUGUGUGAAAUAUGUAAGCGAAUUGUCGACAGUGCGCGAUUGCGCUACUGAGUGCGUUGAGAAGGAAAUCUGGGAGACACAAACCUAUUGCUGCAACACCGAUGGCUGCAAUGGCUCCAACAUCUUGCAGAUCUCUAAACCUCUACUAUUAUUACCGUUAAUAUAUGGCAUCUAUAAAGCGCUGACAGGCGCUUUCAACGAACGGCAUUAAGUUGAGGAACAUGCGAAGAGCGUAGUGAAAGGGAUAGGCGCCUAUAAACAUAAAUUUGGGCAUGUAAUAAAACGAAUAAUAACGGUACGAAGUAAAUUAAUAAAAAUGAAAUUGUUAGCAAUUAUUUUCUUUUUUAACUAUUAAAAUCUCGUAACAUAUACAAAGCAUGUUUUGAAAAAAAAAACAAAUUCUAAUAACUGUGUGAUUUUUCAUUUCGCCAUUAAAUUUUUCAAUAAUUAAAUUCUUUAAAGAUUUUUCAAAAAUUCAAUUUUUAAAAAUUUUUUUCAAAAAUAAAUCCAGAAUUUUUUUUUGUAAUUUUUUUUUAAUUUUUUUGUGCAAGUAAUUUAAUGAUGUUUCUAAUUUUUUGCAAUUCAAAAAUGGCUAUGUGUGUAAAAUUUUAAUUAAUCAAUAUUAAGACAAAAGAUUGGACUUUUCGAAAUCCUUAAGUAAUUUUCAGCAAAUAUUUUUGAAAAAUUUUCGAUACUUUGCAUUUUUGCGCUUUCAACAUUGUACUUUUAAUAGUCUUCCCGAUAAGAUUUUAGUAGAAAUAUACUGCGAAAAGCGAAAACUUAAACACAAGCUAAGAAAAAAUCGGCAAACUUUAAUAAAUACGCGGAUUGAGUAACAGAAGUGUAGGGGAAAAUCAAUAUAUAAAGUACAUUAUCUAAAUCCGAAUGUUGAAAAUUUUGCGAUUUAAGUAACCAAGAAGCAUAUUAGAACAAAUUCUAAAUAUAAUAAUGCAAAUAAAAAAUACAAUACAUAUAUACAUAUAUAUAUAUAUAGUUACAAGAUUAUGCAAAACAAAUUUCAGCUCAAAACAACAAUCUUUUCGUAAUUGAAAGCAGAAAAAUAUUGAAAUAUAUUAUAAAGUAAGAGCUAAUAACGAAAAGCAUUCAAGCGAAAAUGAUUUACAGUUACUCUUAUAAAGCUUAAUAGCAAAAUUUUAGUAAACAGUUUCAACACAAUACUUUUAAAAAUCCAUUAACAACUCGUUUGCGCCUAAAAGUAGAUCAUGACAUUUUCGAAAACCAUUUAUACACAAUUAUUUUGCAACAUUUAUAUAACGAAGUUAGAGCUUAUGCAGCAUACUUUUGUGCGCUUGCUAUUUUUGUAAUAUUUUUUUUUUAAUUAGAUACAAUUUUUAAAAACCGGUAGUCAUAUAUUGCGCAAACAAUCGCCUCGCCUUGUUAUAUUUUGGGGCUGGCAGGGGCGGUUGCUUCCCGGCAAUAUAAAAUGUAAUAAGAUUUGUGUAUUUUUUGCAAUGUUUUAUAUUUCAUUUUUCAUAAAAAACUUUUUUAAAAUUUACUAACUUAUUAUACAUACAUUAUAACAACAAAAAUAUAUAUAUUCUAAAAUCGCGCAAUUUUUCAAAAGCAACACACACCUUCUAUAUUAGAGACACUUAAAUGAACAUUUAACGGCAACGCAUUCUAAUAGGGAAUGUGACAUUAUGAAAGUUAUUAAACGCAUUCGGUCAUUUUCAUCAUUGGAUUUUAAGUAAAAUAUUUUAAAAAUUCAUUAGAAAUUUAAAUCGAAAAAAAAAUAUGCUAAAUUACAAUACUGAAAAUAAAAAAGUAGUUUGUUAGAACAAAACAACCUAGGAGAUGAAGUUAGAAAAAUUGAAAUACGCAACGAACUACAACUAAAUCUCUGCGAAAUUAAACAGUUUCAAGGUCUAUGGCCGCUCUCUGUGGUGGGUAGUGAACGGAUUGGUGGAGGUGAGUGGCAGCUGAGGUGAAUUUUAAAUUAUGUCGCUUAUUUUUGUAAGUUUAGUCUAUAUUUGUGUAUCACUUCUAUAAAUCAACGUCCCUGGCUUAGAAUCCAUGUCUAAACUUGGCAUGUCUGCGAAACUCAUACCGUUAUGCAAAAUAUCGUUGAGCACAAUAGGAGCUUAAUCACAAUCUGGAAGCAGCUCUCCGUGCCAUUUUAUGCCAAAUGAGGUUGUAGACAGGAUGACUCCGUCUCAUGUGUCUGCUUCAAUAUAAUGCUGGAGAAAAUGAUUCAGGCUGCUAGUCCGGACCACACUGGCAAUGUCGACACUGAAAUUACAUUGCUACUUAGGUACAUAGAUGAUAUUGACAUCGUAGGCCUUAAUAACAGAGUCGUAAGUCUUAUAACGUAUAAAUGACGACCCGAGAUGAGAAAAUACUUGAAGCAUUCGAGAGAGCUAUUAUUCGUAAUAUCUUUGAAAUCGUCCAGGUGAGUGAUGGAUAUUGAAAAGUAUGAGACCACGAACUGAUUGAGCUCUAUGACGACAAGAACUAUAAUCCAAAGCGCGUAAAAUUCCACGAAUUCGUUCUCAUGAAAGUUGAUGCUCUAUUGAAAAGCUCUUGCUUUUAAAAAGAGAUUUAGUAGGGGAUGAAGAUACUAACUGACUCAAAGAUGAGUUCAAAACGGAAUGAGAUCUUGAAAUCUCUUUAUAUUUCCGUCAACCAAACUCAGUUAGUAUCUACCAAGCGGAAGUACUGCGAAUAGUAAAGACCUGUAUAUAUACAAUAUUUUCCCGUAGUUCCUAGGUGGAACAUAGGGCCAGGUUCCUAUUCGUUAUCCAUUUUUCAUGCUGAAGGUCGUCAUCAAUUUAUCGUUCUUAAUCUUCACUUUGUUUAAUUCGGUUUCGGUAAUCAGAGGGUUUAAGAUGAGUAGGUGAUUAGCCUUCUGCAUUCGAGUUUAGUUCCGGGGCUGCCGGUUCCGCCUGUAGGCAGGCAAUGGCGUAGGAAUUUCCUCCUCGCAGGUGCUAAGGUUAUACCGCCUUUUCUCGGUCGACAGAGCCUCGUUUGUAGUGAACAGAGGGUACCGCGCGAAGGUGAGGUUGACGGUUGAGAGGGAUAGGCUAUAUAUUCGCAUCACCAACCCCAUUUGCCCAUUUUUGGUAUCAGCUGAAUGGGACCAGCUCGUGAAGAUGCAGUUGGCGACCAUUUACACAGGCAACCAGGCGGCACUAAUAGCCUUGUCGGCGUCAAAGAUCAUUUUCAGAUUAGUAAAUAAAUGUAGAAAGGCUUCUGAAUAUUUUAAGAGGACACAAGUUAUUAUCGGCUAUUUCUAAGUUGGCUAUCGAAUAGUAUUGCUAUCGUGAGUAUACUGCAGGGGUUGGCAAACUAAGUGAGAGUUUCUGGUUUUGUUUAAAAAUGAGAUAUUUUGUAUAUUUCGACAAAACUAUUUGAAUUUUAAAGAGCAUUUGAAUUAUUUGAGAUAACUCUCAACUGGAAUAUAGUUUUCUGUUUAAUUUUUAUUAUAAAUCAUAAUACCGUUAAUCACUCAGCUGGUGUCGGUGUAGCAACAGAGCAGCGAAUUCUCCCAACAAACCCUAUGAAACUGUACAAGAAAUUCUAAAUUAUUGUUUAACUAAAUUAAAACUAAAAAAAAAAAAUAAAUUUAUUGAAAUGUAAAAGCAAACAAUUAGUGUUAAUACACAUUUCAAUAACAGUUAGAGAAAAUGAAAAAAGCAAAAACAAAUAUAAGUAAGAGCAAGGAAAAUAUUCGCUAUUACAAUAAACAUAUGUAGCAGAAAGCGAAAACAAAACGAUACGCAUGUAGAAAAAAAUAACAAAAACAAAAACAAAACUGUAAAAGAAAUGCACACAAAAGGUGCAACAAAACAUUUUAACAUAUUAAAAGUACAUUAGAAAAUAUUAACAAAAAAGAAAUUAUAUAUAUAUAAAUAAAAGCACACUUCUUUUUUAAUUAGCUUUACAUUUAAGGCUUUCACAAAUUCUUUAUACAAAUAAGAGCUAAUUGAAUUGAUAAAAGUAGUAGGGGCAAUAGCAAGAAAAAAUUAAGAUAAAAAAACAACAAAAUACAUACACACUAACACACAGUUAAUUAGUGGUAAGUUAAGCAUCGAAUCAUCAACAUAAAGCCUAUUGAUAAAGCUAACAACAAAAGCAAAAACAAAGCAAAUUACGAUUUAAAGCAGUAAUCAUAAACGUAUUAGUUCCUUAACAAAGCGGCGUCAAGAAGGUGAGGCGUAAAAGAGACCGAAAAAAAUGCAAUAAGUAUCAUAUAAUUAAUAUGUUAAUAGCCACAACAAUAACAACAAAAUGCAGCAAAGCAUACAAUAAGCUCAAUGUAAGCAGCGUUUAAGUACGAACGAGACAAAUGGCGGACACAAAGCAGUUUUAAUACGCGUUAAUUUAAUUUUUUUUAUUUAAUUUUUUGCGAUUUUUUUGAUUUUUUGCUUUAAGUUGUGUGUGUGUGUUUUUUUUUUGAUUUCAAAGCGCUUUUAAUGCGGCACUGUCGCGAGUUAUUCAACUAAUUAUGUAAUAAUCCACAAUAUUGCGCAAUUUCUCCGCGUAUUUGUCACAGUUAUUUUGUUUUUUUUUCAUGCUUCAGUGCACACGUAGAAACAAUAACACACACACACACUCACCUAUCCAUGCAAGUGCAGGUUUUAGUGUGUAAUAUAGCAAUGUGUAGACGCCUGCAUGCUCCUCACAGCGCAACCACUGUUAUAGCAAACAAAAAUAGUUAAACAAAAUAGUUAAAAAAAUUCUGAAAAAAAACCCUGAAAAAUAUAUUUUUUAGCUACAACAACAAAAAGCAGUAAAAUCCUAUAGUUACGAUGAUUAAAUUAAUUCAAUUAAAUUUAAUUCAACAAAAAUAUUUUUUUCUGUUGACAAAUGAAGUAAACACACAGAUAAAAUAAGCUGCAAAAACAGACCUUAAUUGCAAAAAAAAAAUAAGAAUAUUGUGAAAAAAUAAAAUAUUUUAUUACUAUAUGUAACUACAUGCAUAUAUGUAGCUACGUUCUUAUAUACAUAUAUACAAAUUUCUAUAUAUUAUUAUGCUAAUUAUUAUUAACUAAUACAUUGUUAUACUAUUAUUGAUUAAUAUAAUGUAUGUAUGUAUAUGCGCAUUACCAAUACACACACACUCAUAGUGAUUAUAAGUAUACACAUACAUACAUAUAUGUAUAUGUGAAAGUAAUUUUGAUUCUAAUCCACAUUACAAGGCAAUAACGCAAAUAUUUAGUAAAAAAAUAUAUUUAAAUACACAAUUGAAAUAUUACAAAAUUCAUUAACAUUUCCUUUUCCGCUGAAAUGCUGCGCAAAUAACGGCAUUUUUAAACAGUCACGCAAUAGUAACAGUAAAUAAAUGUCUAAACCGAACGCAGCGUUUCCGAUGAGGCGCAUAAUAUAGCAAAAAAAGUUAUAUAAAAAUAACAACAACAACUCAAUAAUAGUGUAAAGCAUAAACAUAGAAUUGCUUGCAUAAAAAUAAAUAAUUUAUCGUUACAAUAGUAAACACAUUAGCUGCGAAAAUGCAGAAGCAGAAGUAAAACACAUCAUCAACAACAACAUACAUAGUAAUGCAUAAAUACGCGUAAAUAAUAAUAAAUAAGUUUGCCGCAUAAGCAGAAAUAGCAAAAAAAAAACAAAUAUUAAAAAUAAUAAAAAAAUUACUAAAUAUAAAAAUAUUAAAAAUAAUAGUAAUAAUAGCAAAAAAAAUUAUUAAAAAUAAUAAAAAAGAAAAUACACUAAAAUGCAUAAAUAAAAAAUACCAAAUUUAUUAAAGCAUAAAAAAUUCAUAUGCUCAUAAGAAGUUAAGUGAAACCUUAUAUAAUUAUUAUUAAUUUUAAAAUAUGUAAAUCUUUAUUUAAAAAAAUAUUAAUUUGAAAAUAACUAAUAAUCUAUAAAUAUAUACUAAAUUAAAAAAACUAAUAU